AUGGAAGAAACACGGGAGGCUGCUUUAGCUUGUUUUGAUAAUUUGUCAGAGGAGCAAAAGGAUAAGGCAUGGGAAGAUUUUGAAGCAAUGGAUUUAGAUGGUGAUGGGACAAUAACCCUCAUCGAAUACCAGCAAUUUUAUUAUGGCAGCUCUUACAGGAUCCCCUUCCAGCAGCUCGACACUAACAGAGAUGGCAAGUUGAAUUUUCAGGAAUUUAAAACUCUUUUCUAUUUGUUGCUCAAUUCCAGGGGCACAACACCAUUAAUACCAACACAAGAUCAGCCAGAAUCUUCCGAGUCCAAUCAAUUGAAGCGUUUUGUUGGUGCAGCCAAACUCUUCUCAGUCCAAUACAAGGACAUUCGGCUUAUCAGAGGCAAAAUUGGCCUUCACCUACCUCAAAGACAGCCGAUUCGUCCUACUAACAUGUCUUGUGCUGGGAUUGGGUGUCUGGACGUUGUAAUGAAAGCAAUAGAGGAUUUCAAUAGCUGUUGGGCCUUUGCAAGUGCUGUAGCUUCGGUAGCUAGUGGUCUCUUCAAUGGCUGA